AAAAAUGGAUGUACUUAUUUAAAGCUGAUCACAAUCACAAUUUUCUAAGGAAAUCAAUAAGACAGCAAUCAAAAGAUAAAAACACGUCUUCAAACGCAGCAAGAAAUCCUAUUAAUAAAAUUUAAAAGUAGUGAAUUUCAACCUUAAAAUGAUGAUGAUGAGAAGUAGAGAGAGAAAAAGAUAAGCAUAAUACUUAAUUCAAUAAAAGCCUUAUCUCAAAAAAAAAUAAGAGGAUUACAUAGGUAUGUGUAUGUUUAUGCUAUAUGACAAACUUCCCUUCAAGAAAAUGGAAUGAUCCGUUACGCAGCGCAGUUAACAUUCCAAAUUCAGUAAACCCCCGCUAGAGGAUACCAGCAGUUACAAGCCCUAGCAAGCAGAGUGAUAGUUCAAUUUGGAACAAUCCAUACUAUAGUAUCGCGACCGAGCCUUUAAUUCUCCAUUAAUUCAAAAGUGCACAAUUUUUUCAUAAUAAUUGUACAUGCUGUAUGUUAAAUUGAUUUCUAUACAUCGGAUGCAAUAGUGGUGUAACUAAAUGACUCUUCCUUAGUAUUGUACGCACAAAUACGUCUCUGCGGUUUUAUUUAAACACAAAAUGGAUGAAAAAAUGAACGGGUCGUUUUGACGUUCAAAAAAUGAAUCUCUUACAAUUAUGGGUAGCGACCGGUGGGUGAAAAGCAUCGGUUUAUACACUAUAAAUUUUCUAGUUACAUGUUUCUUUGUAAACAUUUCGCAUGCAGAAUAUGCAGGAAAAUGUAACUUAGUAAGAAUAAACGCUCUUGUUUGCCAGGAUUCAAAUAUUAGCGACGUAUUUUUAUCGACGGAAUUAACUUACUUAGAAUUAAACAAUGUAACGGGAAAAAUAACUUUGCUGAACAAUAUUGUUAAUUUAAAAUGGAUAAACAGUGGUCUGCAACAGCUAAACGAUUGUCUCCCAUCGCCACAGUUUCUACAGAAUCUCGAUGUGUCAUUGAAUAAGAUAUCCAGGUUGCAACCGUAUCAAUUUAAAAACUUUUCAUCGUUGGUCACUUUAAAUUUGUCAUACAACCGUAUAGAUGAUUUACCAAGGGAUGCUUUUAGAGGACUUAACGUAGAAAGAUUGUACUUAUCGAAUAAUAAGCUAAGUGCAAUUCCAUUUCAAAUUUUCGCCCCCAUGCCACACUUACGAAUUCUAGAUCUUUCAUACAAUUCACUAGUUACUGUUUUAGAUCAUUUUUUUAAAUUUAAUCGAUAUAUUGAAGUAUUACUGUUAAACAACAAUAAAAUAGUAAAAUUAACAUCAAAUGCCCUUGCCGAUUUAACGGAACUUAAACAGCUGACUUUAUCAAAUAAUUCUUUGGUUUAUAUAUCUAAAGGCCUGUUUGAUUCAUUAGCGAAUCUGCGAGAAUUGAAUUUGGCCAAUAAUCCCAUUACAAAUUUGGCUAGUGGUACGUUUCGAGCUUUGAAUAAAUUAGAAAUUUUAAAUUUAAGUGGAAAUAAAAUUAAACAGCUAACAUACGGACUGUUUCAUUUCAGCCCUCGCGUUCAUAAAUUAACGUUAGAUAAUACAAGAAUCGAAGUUCUGUAUAAUACAGAGCUAUUAGGUCUUCAACAAUUACAAACUUUGGAAAUUAGAAACAAUAAAUACUUACAAGAAAUAGAAGAUUAUGUCUUGUCAGAUACCCCUCUUAUUACACAGUUAGACAUAAGUGGUAACUCUCUAACAUUUUUACCUUUGACUCUUGCCAAUUUAACCAAAUUAAAUUUCUUAAACAUAGAAAAUAAUCCCUGGGCAUGCGACUGUCGUAUGUUUUGGUUUGCCAGUUGGGCAGAACAACGAAAAAAAAACAAUGUUACUCUUUCGGAACUUAGUUGCGGACCGUAUGCAUAUCCUAACGAUAUGAUUCCCACAUUGCAACAUUUAAACUGUACUUCACCUCGUAUAGUAUUUAAAACCGAAACAAAACAAUACCGAUUAAAAUCGAACGCCUUACUGGAAUGUCGUUAUUCAGCAAAUCCUUUGCCGUCUAUAACAUGGAUAACGCCGUCUAGAGAAGUUUAUCAUUGGAAUCCCGAUCCAACUGUUGCCGAUAUUUUUCACAAACACCCACAUGCACACGAUAGGUACAUGAAUCCAAUGAGAAAGAUUCCCCCUCGAAUACAGGUUCUUGAUAAUGGAACCUUAUAUAUUCAGAAUGUUACCCGAGAAGAUUGCGGACGAUAUUAUUGUUAUGCAAGCAAUCCUGUUGCGAAUACCACUGAGGAUGUACUUCUGCAUAUAGAUCCGACAGACUGGUAUAACAUUAAAAUAUUCAGUCUAUUUGUAGGAUUUCAUUGUGCAGCAGGGUUUUUAGCAGCAACUUUAAUUAUUCAGUUACUGAGAAUGGGUAUUUUAAAUAACUGCUGCAGUUUUUGCAAAAGAGAUCGGGUAUCACCCAAAGCGCGUCAAAUAUACGCCAUGUUGGAAAAUAUAGAACAGUAUAAAUCUCAACAGUUGGAACGUCUUCGUGAAAAUUAUGCUCAACAGAUGGGAAGAAUAAAAGAUAAUUGCGUUCAGCAAAUGGAAUGGAUUCAAAGCAGUUAUCAGACUCAAGCAAAACACUUUAAAGAAUUUCGAGAUUACGGAUCUCACCAUUUUGUUGGUCUGCGUGAUCAAUAUUACGACCAGGUCAGAAAGGUUCGUGAUUAUUCUACAACUCAAAUGAAUUGGGUGAGGGAAAACUAUGUCUUCCAAAGAAAUAAAAUUCGUAAAUUUAGCGCUCAUAAAGUCCUCAGGUUACGAGAAUCGUACAAAUACCAACAACAAACUUUAAACAAAGUUUUAGAAAAUCUUCCUAAUCUUUAUUUUGAUAACUGUCGAGCCGGAACAUGUGGCAGAGCAGAAUCAUUGGUUUUCGAUGAUAUCUCAAAUAUCGAUGUCUAUAUGAAAACUUGUGUUGAAAAUAUGGUAGAGCUUAAUCAGUUGGAGAGCAAUUACAGAAACCGCAGUGACGAAGAGUUUACGAAUAGCAGACCUUCUUUGUAUUACACGCCAACGGAAAGAUCAGUUAAUUCAAAUCAAGGAUCGAUUAAUAAUAUAAUUGCUUCAGACCGUUUUCCUGAUGUUAUUAGUAAAGUAGGUGGUGGUAACGAUUUGGUGGCUGAUUGUUCAACAAGUGAAAGUGUUUUUAAAAACGAAAUAAAAAAUAGCAAUUGCACUGUAAAUUCUAGUAUAAGCUUGCCAAACUUGGCAUUUGUCCAAAACCCUUUCGAGACGAGAGACAAAAUGGAAACAACUUUAUGAAAUUUCUUUUCCUAUGUCAUAAUUAAAAUCUUAAUGUAUUAAAGAAACAUGUCUUUAUAAGACAACAAAAUGUAUAAAAAGUAUUUUUAACUGUAUGAACUUUACUAUAACCGUAAAUAUGUGCGUUCUUCAGUAAAUAGAUAUUUAACAUUC